AGGGAAAAGCCAAGGAAAAUAGCCGAGGCCGAGGCGAGGCGAGGCGGAGGAACACGGGCGGAGCGGGGAAGAAAUUUCCCAAGGGAAUCAUCCCUCCAUCCUCGACGCCAGCUCGCCUCCUCCUACCUAGGUCGCGCCACCCCCCUCCUCCCCCCUCCAUCCGGGGCGCCGAAUCGGGGGAGCUCCAACCCAAAUCCGGAGGAGCCAGUCCACCCCCACCUCCCUCCCACUGCUCUCUAUCCCGCGAUUCCCGUUUCGUCCCAUCAAAACCCUACCCAGCCGGGCCCAAUCCGCGGCCCGCCCCCGUCCCUCCCAAUUCCGCCGCCGCGCAGGGCCCGGAGCACGGAAUUACCCCCGAUAACGUCGCGCCGGAGGAUCGGGGGGCAUGGCGGCCGCCGCCUAGGAUGGAGCUGGACUCCUCCGGCGGCUGCUCGGCUGCUCCCGCGGAUGCUGUGAUCGCCGCCACUCGGGCAGGGUACGGAGUCGUCGGGGGCGCGUGGUGGUGGACGUCGGGCGCGAGAUCUCCCCGCGCGGCCUCGGAGUAGCCAGCCGGUCAGCGCGCGCGCGCGUAUGGAGGGGGGCGGCAGGCAGGGGCUGCCGUGGGCGCCCAGCGAGGGCACGGUGUUCCGGCCCUUCGCCGCGCGCGCGGGGGCCGCUGACCCGUCCCCGUCGGGGUCGGGCGGCGGUGUUGCCGCCCGCGUAAGCAAGCUUCAUGGCGUCAAGAGGAAACCGUGUGUUGCAAGGCUGACGGCGGACAUCGUUCACACUUUUGAAAGAUGCCACCCCGAGUUUAAGUACUCGGAGACACUAAACCCGAAGCGCUUUCUCACCCAUCCUUCAACCCCAGCCCACAAUGAUGGAGUUGAUAAUGCAAAUUGGGACCUCAUAUUGUAUGUCAACCUGGAGUUGGUCAACAAGACAUCAAAUCGGAGGUUUGUUGUCAAGGAAAUGCUUGGCCAAGGCACGUUUGGCCAAGUUGUGAAAUGCUGGGACACAGAAACCAACAAGUAUGUUGCUGUGAAGGUUAUAAAAAACCAGCCUGCGUUUUAUCAGCAGGCCAUCAUGGAGGUUUCACUGUUGAGAAUGCUAAAUCAGAAUUUUGAUCCUGAUGAUAAGCACAACAUUGUCCGAAUGCUAGAUUAUCUAUCCUUCCAAAAUCACCUGUGUAUUGCCUUUGAAAUGCUUGGUCAAAAUCUGUAUGAGCUUUUAAAAAGGAAUCAUUUAAGAGGAUUGAAAGUGCAAUUUGUACAGGCCUUCUCAAAACAGAUAUUGGAUGCCAUGAUAGUGAUGAGAGAUGGUGGCAUCAUUCACUGUGAUCUGAAACCAGAAAAUAUCCUCUUAGCCCCGACUGCAAAAACAGCUGCAGCAGUGAAAGUUAUCGAUUUUGGAUCAGCAUGCCUGGAGGGUAAAACUGUGUACUCAUACAUUCAGAGCCGCUAUUACAGGUCUCCAGAAGUUCUCCUUGGCUAUCCAUAUACUACUGCAAUUGAUAUGUGGUCAUUCGGUUGCAUAGUUGCCGAACUGUUUAUAGGACUACCCUUAUUUCCUGGGGCAUCAGAAUAUGAUGUGCUUAAGCGUAUGCUAAAGAUUCUCGGGGGACAACCACCAGAUGACUUGCUAAGGGAAGCUAAGAAUACCACUAAAUUUUUCAAACAUGUUGGAAGUUAUCUGGGUAUCGGGGCACAUGAUGGCUCUGGUGCUGCAUACAAAAUGUUAAGUGAAGAAGAGGUUGAGGCAAGGGAGACCAAAAGGCCGAAAUUAGGGAAAUGGUACUUUCCACAGCAAAGGUUGGACCAACUUAUAUAUACCUAUCCUUGGGACAAUACAAAAUUGCCAGAGACAGAAAAAACAGACCGCGUGCUAUUAGUUGAUUUCUUGAGGGGACUUCUUGAAUUUGAUCCAAAUAAGCGAUGGUCGCCAUUUCAGGCAUCAGGCCAUCCAUUCAUCACAGGCGAACCUUUUACUGGUCCAUAUGAGCCUGUCUCUGAGACUCCAAGAAUUCCUGUUGCUCAUGCUGCAGCAGUUGAUCACAAUCCAGGAGGAGGUCACUGGUUAGUUGCAGGUCUUUCCCCUCAGGUUGGAAGUGCAAACAGAUGUCUACCUCCUAAUAAUCCCUAUCCUCCAAAAGUGCCUUUUUCUUAUGGGAGUAGUUAUGGAAGCCUUGGUAGCCAUGGUAGCUAUGUUGGCAAUGCUGGUCUUGCGAGCAGCUAUGGAAGCUAUGGUGAUGUGAAUAAUGCCAACAUGUAUUACUCACCAUUAGGUCCUUCUGGAUUUUCACAUGUUAGCUCUAGUCCAGAUAUUAGGCUGAGACCUCGUCUCUCUUACGAUAGAGGCAUUCGAUUGAGCCCUGGAAGUAUGGGGCCUAUGUCUCUUGGUGCCAGUCCAUCACAAUUUACCCCACCAAACUACCAGAUGCAUAUCCCGGCUAAUUCUACUGGGAAGCAUGGUUCUGGUUCUCCUGCGAGUGGAGGCAUUCAUGGCUCCCCAUUGGGGAAAACUGCAUCAGUAGGCCAAUACAGCAAGAGGAAGAACAUGCCGAUGCCACCACAUGAAUAUGCAUCUCAGCAUGGACAAGGACGUCAUGGAGAUGGUGUCAGUUUUAGUCAUUCGGAUGCCUAUAUUCGUGGACAUGCUGGCUACUCUCAGCACUCGUUACCUAGUUCUGGUCAUUCUAGUUGGAGACCGCAAAUAGCUUCCAGGAGUGGUUUUUCCGUGGAGGCUUCUUCUAGUCAUGGGCCUUCCCAAGCAUAUAAUUCACAUAAUGCUCCACCUUUGCCCUCAUUUGAUAUAUUACCAGAUACAUCAGCUCCAUCAACACUUGAUCCUUCUGAUUGGGAUCCUAAUUAUAGUGACGAGUCACUAUUGCAAGAAGACAAUUCAUUGUCAGCUGAUUUAAGCAGCGGUCUUCAUCUUAGAGAUGCAACUGGUCAGGCAGGCGGAUCUGCCAGAUCAACCCGUGCCCAAAGCCACAACUUUGCAAGCUCAAACCCUUUACCAACAAGCCAAAGCUACAGAGUGGAUCAACAACUUCACUCAUCCUCCCAUGGUAGGGGCACUCAUCCUACUGUUCCAAUCACCUAUGGUGGUUUCAACCCUCCAAACUAUCCUCAGCAGAGCCACCGGGGUCGCCAUGGACAUCAAUUUCUUCAACCAAGAUACAACCAGCCAACCAACAGUCACAUGCGGCCACCGAUGGGGAGUCACCAAAGUGGGCAGCCUGCAUGGCCUCCCUAUGGCAUGGGGGAGGGAGUGCCCUGGGGAGGAACAGGCGUGCAUCCAUUUACGACGGGCGGGCUACCCUCGUCCCUUCCCAGAAAAGAUUAUGGGAGCAUAUUUUAGUGUGGACUCGGAGGAAUGCCAUUCAUUGCCGGGAUAAAUUAUUUGUACUGGCGAAACCGGAGUUGCGAUGGUUCUGGCUAUUGAUUUUCCUUUUCUUUCCUGCAAUGUUGCUGCAUUUGCGUUGCUCCAUUGGGUCCUCGAUUGUCAAGACACUCUCGAACUCUAUGAUAUAUAAUAGAAUCGAUGGUUACAUCAUUA